CUCUCUCUCUCUCUCUCUCGCUCUCUCGCUCUCUCUCGCUCUCUUUCUUUUUCUUUCUCUCUACUCACCCACUCUGAACAAGCUUAGCCCGAUCGCACAACAGCACCUUGAACGCGCGCGCGCGCGCGCGCGCCACAGACGGGCGAAGGUGAUGGUGACAAUGAUGACGAGUAUCAUCGCUAACGCGACGGCGAUGGCGACGGCGGCGACGACGGCGACGAUGGCGACGAGGAUGAAGAAAGCGAGAAGGAGUACUCCAACGUGCUCGGGCCGCGGCUGGCUCGUGCUCUUCGCGACGACGUUGCUGCUGCAAUCGCGGCCGAGCCGCGGCGAGAUCUACACCAAGAUGUUCUCCAGCCAACAGAACCCGACCGACCCGUGCUACGACGAGGACCGGCCGCGCCGGUGCAUCCCCGACUUCGUCAACGCGGCGUUCGGCGCGUCCGUCGAGGCGUCGUCCACAUGCGGCACCGGCGGGCCCACCCGUUACUGCGACGUCACCGAGCAACCCGGCGGCACCAGCGGCUUCGGCCACUGCCACGUGUGCGACGACAGCACACCCCGGCGACGCUUCCCCGCGAGCUACCUCACCGACCUCAACAAUCCGAACAACGUGACGUGCUGGCGCAGCGAGCCGCUCGUCAGCUCGCAGAGCUUCUCCGCGCCGCCGGACAACGUCACCCUCACCCUCUCGCUCGGUAAGAAGUACGAGCUGACGUACGUGAGCCUGCAGUUCUGCCCGCGCGCGGCCAAGCCGGACUCGAUCGCGAUCUACAAGUCGAUGGACUACGGCAAGACCUGGCAGCCGUUCCAGUUCUACUCGUCGCAGUGCCGGCGGGUCUACGGCCGGCCGAAUCGCGCGACCAUCACCAAGUCGAACGAGCAAGAGGCGCGCUGCACCGACAGCCACCGUUACACCGGCGGGGACGGCCUCGGCCCGGUCGGCAGGAUCGCCUUCAGCACCCUGGAAGGCCGCCCGUCGGCCAACGACUUCGACAACUCGCCGGUGCUGCAGGACUGGGUCACCGCCACCGACAUCAGGGUGGUGUUCAAUCGGCUGCACAUGCCGCAGCAGCCGAGCCAGGAGCAGCAGCAGCAGCAGCAGCAGCAGCAGCAGGUGGUGUCGUCGCAUCUCGGCAACGCCGAGGACCAUCACUCCUCCCCGAUGGGGAGCUCGUCGGCCCUCGGGCUCGAGGAGCUGGCGAAGCGCGAGCGCGAACGCGAGGAACGACUCAAGAGCCAGAAGAACGCGAUCCUGCACGGCGAGCCGCUCGUCACGGCGGUGCCGUCGGUGCACCAGGUGAUCGCGCCGCAGGAGAUGCAGUCCAACGACGCGCUCGACGCCGCGGUCCGCGACAUGGGCUUCGUGCCGGUCACCGCCGCCACGACUACGACCGUCGCGGUGUUGGUGGCGGCGGCCGGCGGCGCGGUCGGCCCGGUCGCCGCCACCAUGGCCCACCAUUACGCCGUCUCGGACUUCGCCGUGGGCGGCAGGUGCAAGUGCAACGGCCACGCGGCGAGGUGCAUCCCCGGCAAGGACGGCGAGGUCGUCUGCGAGUGCCGACACAACACCGCCGGCAGGGACUGCGAGCGCUGCCGGCCCUUCCACUUCGACCGGCCAUGGGCGCGAGCCACCGCCAGGGACGCCAACGAGUGCAAAGUGUGCAACUGCAACCUCCACGCGAGAAAGUGCAGAUUCAACAUGGAGCUGUACAAGCUGUCGGGCCGUGUCAGCGGAGGUGUUUGUCUGCAGUGCCGACACUCUACGGCGGGGAGGCACUGUCAUUACUGCAAAGAAGGUUACUACAGAGACCCGGCGAGACCGAUCACGCAUCGCAAGGCCUGCAAACCGUGCGACUGUCACCCGAUCGGGGCUUCUGGAAAGACCUGUAACCAGAGCACCGGCCAGUGUCCCUGCAAAGACGGUGUAACCGGUACUACUUGCAACAGAUGCGCCAGAGGCUACCAGCAGAGCAGAUCGCAUAUUGCGCCUUGCAUCAAGAUACCCAGAGUCGUGCAGACGCAGGGCACGGCCGGUGAAGAGAGCGGCGAGCACGAGGACGACGACGACGAGCGCGGCUACGACGGGCGAGCCGAUCAGUGCGGAAAGUGCCGCGCCAGCACGAAGAGGCUAAAUCUCAACAAGUACUGCAAAAGAGACUACGCUAUUCUGGGAAGAAUAACGGACAGACACAAGAAGAGCGACGGCUCGCAACCCGGCACAAGCGUAUCAGGCACAUCCUGGAUCCGAUUCACCCUAAACGUCGACUUCAUUUACAAGAAAAAUCCCAACUCGAGGAUCCGACGUGGCGACGUGUCCCUUUACGUACACUCGGCUGAUCUGGCCUGCAGAUGCCCGAAAAUCAAGCCUAACAAAUCAUACUUGAUCCUCGGCCAAGAGAGCGACGGCGGUGGUCAAGGUGGGCUCACGGUUACGCAGAGGUCGAUCGUCAUCGAGUGGCGCGACGAAUGGCACCGCCGAAUGCGCCGUUUCCAACGAAGGGCAAGAUCGUGCCAUUGAAAUGCUCCGUACGUCGCGGCGAGAGAGGAAGAGAUAGGAAGUGCGAUCAGGAGAAAAUGAGAAAACGAGAGAAGGAAGAGAGAGAGAGAGAGAGAGAGAGAGAGAGAGAGAGGAGAGAAAGAGAAAAAGAGAGAAAGGAAGAAAACGAGGGGGAGUAAGAGAAAGUGUGUGUUUGUGCGUACGCAUGUGUGUAUGUAUGUACGUAUGUAUGAGAGAGAGAGAGAGAGAGAGAGAAAAAGGAAAAAAGUCGAUCCCCUCCCAACCGUGCUCGUAGGAGCCUGCAUAUCUUCAUUUCCCGGCCGCGAAUACCGGUGUAUAUCGGGGUGCCGAUUUUGUUUCGCGCGCGGUACUCGUCGACGAUCGCACGUCGAAGGCAACGACGAGGAGGCAAGGAGGAGGAUAAAAGAGGGAACAGCGAUUCUUUCCAAGAGAGGCGUCCGCCGUGCAGAACGACGAGCGAGCAAUGCACGACAUUGCAGAAAGAUGGUUGCACAUACCGCGAGGCACCGCAACCGUUCCGUUCGCGAAUGAAUAAUCCCGAAGCGGUUCGCGAAGCGAUCGGCAAAUGUCGAUCGUUUCGAUGCAAAGCUGACAAACGAGCACUAAACUCGGAAACGAAGGCCAUUCACCGUCGAUGGAUCACGUUCGCACGGGAGCCACUUUAUUCGGUUAAAUACGAACAAUCCUCGAGGUUCAUCCGGAUUUAUUUCAACGGCUGCCGGGAACAUGCCGUCGCGAGCGACGGAUCCGGCGACGCAGGUCGGUGAAAAAAUCCGCUCGAUGACCCUGCGACGACUACGACGACGACGACAAAUCGCGGGCUACGAGUCGCGCGGCAAAUUCGUUUAAUCGCGGCGAACGAGUUUCGCGAUGUAUCGAUUCACUUCCGAUAUUUGCCACGCGACAUUUCCCCUCCGUGACGAACAAUUUAUCGAACGGCACGUAUCCUCGAGGGCUCGACGUUACGAUCGUCCGCGCGCCCGACAAAUCGUGCGUCCGUGAGAAAUGUCGCGAGAUAAACGCCGGGUCGGAUUUACGCGGCGGAUUCAAUUACUCCGGAAUACCGCAAAUCGCCGCGAAGGUACGGCGCGCGUGUUCCCGAUGCGCACUACAGCCGUUAUUUCAACGGCGAAUAAUCGCCCCCGAAUGUGUCGCCCGAUUUUCUGUACCGUUAGUGCGGCGCCCGAAACGGAUUCGAGUGAGAGAUUAUUCACUUCCGGAUUGUGGAAUUUGCACCGCGGUCGAUUUUCGAGGUCAAUAAAUAUUGAUGGCGUUGAUUGGGCUUUGCGUGCGAGGUAUAGACUGCGAGAACGCGCGCCUAUUAAUAUCGCUAUAAUACGCAUAAAAUAGCCGGGCCCAUUCAGAAGAACGCUUCUCCGAUACUGCCGAUGGUAAUUUGUAUCCAUCAACAUCAAUUCGCUAUAUACAAAAAUAGAUAGACGUGUAUGGAUUGUACGCGAUACGGCGCGAAUGUGAUAUACGCGAAAGGGCCGUUAAUGCAUCGUAUUACGGAAGAGGUGCUGUCAGUUAAAGUUUAAUAGAUUCAACGAAGGAAAAUCAAUUCCCGAAAUCAUAUAUUGUACAUCUCGCGCCUGAUGCACAAUGUCUUUAAUCUUGUCCGCUACUGCUUAUAAACGGAAAUCGACACGGCGACCGGUAAAAAACAAAAUGUUUUGAGCGGAAUUUAUGUGAUAAUUUUAUUUUUCUUUUCUUCCCGUUUCCAAGCUCUAGUAACGAAAUUGCGAAAAGUCGCGUCGAAGAAUUUUAAAUCAGAUCAGAUAAAAACGUCAAAUACUUCUUUCUCAAAGCGCCCGAUCUUUUUUCCAAUAUGCCAAUUUUGAGCGUUCCCCGUCAGAGACAAAUGCGCGCUUAUUUAUCGUGUGGCUGCAUUAGAAUUUCAUCUUGUUUUAAAUUAUUUCUCAAUGUUCGUGCAACGACGUUUCAACGAUCUUAUCUCAGCAAAAACGACCAGCUCUACUCACGCGGUGUCCAAUUUGUCUUUCGUCAAACCAUGUCAAAUACUGGAGAGAUUGCAGCAAGAUAUUAAGGAUAAAUGUGUGUGAAACGCUAACAAUCAUCUUACGCGCGCGCAAUAAAAUGACGUAACGUACUUGGACCACGAAUUAUACAUCGCAGCGAUAUUUCGACGUCGGCGAGUAGUAAUACCGGGACGAAGGUACAAGCGAUAAUGCGCGUCUCGACUUUAUAUCCCUGUGAAAACGCAGCACACCUGCUACGGAAGCACGAUUUAACCGCGGCCAGCGCGCGAGCUGGAAGGCUCGUAUCGUCCCUGGUACUAAAAGGCGGUCUCGAGUGGACAAGAGCAAAACGCGUGCGUACGUGUACCACGUCUAGCGGCUUCAAAUCUGAUUUAUUCGCGGCCGCCUUGUCUCGAGAGCCCGGAGACUGCACUCGGAGAAAGUGGGAGUGAGAGAGAAACAGCGCGAGAAUUCAACGAAACACUCGCGAGAGAGGAACAGAAACAGAAUGACGAGAGAGAGAGAGAGAGAGGGAGAGAGAGAGAGAGAGAGAGAGAGAGGAAGAGAUAGCAAAGAGAAAAACAAGAGCGAGCGAAGCGAGUAGAUGAGAGAGAAGGUACACGUGAAAUGCAUGAAAUAUAUUUAACCGUUAUAUAUUAUCAUUAGAGAGGCUGUAUCGCAUCGGAAUCUGAGAAGCGUUAUCUCCCUGAUCGCCUUGCUUAGAAAGUUAAUGCGACUCUCUGAGUCCGUUAUCCAACGAUAAAUAUCGCCGAUAUACACCAAGAUACAGAAUAUCCCGAAUCUAACGCGAAUCGUCCUUUAUUCACGAAUUAUUACUCGGUCGAUCUGAAGUCAGUGUCCUUUUGACAAAAAUUGCCGAGAGAGAUCAUUGCCGCUGUCGCGAACGCUGUCUAAUUUCCGACGUUGAAUAUUCCAUUGAUAAUCAAUUUCAAAAUGUUCAAGCUAUGCCGAUAAGGCUCAUUUUGGUAUCCUUUUUACAGCUUAGUCUCGAAGAGUUUUUCCAAAUGCUCAUAACCUAAAAAUUCUCGGUACCUCGAUACUUUUGCCGGUGGAGAUCUAACUCAUCCUCGCAAAUUCUUCCAAAACAUCACGGGGUGGAAAGUAAUGCGCUAGUGGAUCUAUAUAUCUCCCCGUGUAUCGGAAAAUCGAUCUCCGACAGCGUUUCUCAACGUCAAGCUAAUGACCGGGUUUUCGUUGAACCCGAUUGAUUGGCCAGCAAACGUUUGCCAAGUUAAAAGAUCGCUAAGAUCCCCCUUAGACACCUCCUAGGAUUCUCCGUUGUCUUGUUUGGCUUCAUUUCGAGCCCUUGCAGACAAACGCUAGUUAAAACGCCUCGCGUAAACAAACGAACAAACGUGCCAGCGGAAGUGCUCCGUUACACGAAAGGCAAAACGAUCGAUUUCGCGUCCGCCUCGCUCUUGCAAAUUUACGAUUCUCAUCAGCGUCACUUGAGAACAGGCCGAGGAACGUUGCAAUUUGCGCAAAAGAUCGUAAAAAUGCUCGAGCUUGCUCGGGGUGAGUUGUCGAUAAUACAGUUAAAUAAAUUUGGGUGGCUGCGCCGCGUCCUUCACGCGACGCGCAUCCUCAGACAUUCGUUCGUUCGGGAGAUAAAUUAGCUCCGCCGGCACAUUCGGCCCCUAAGGACGGCUAUUAGGAAUUCAAGGCGAGUGGUUUUCGGUCGCCGAGACGGGCAUCCGUUUAGCUCGGCUUAAACGCUUCUUCCACGCGCUCAUCUAAAAUUGGAACUCACCGAGAAACGAACUAGCGCGAACGCGGGUGCGGGCGGGCGGGCGCGCGCGGGUUUUGCCCGAUUGAAAAUAAUACCAUCGAGCUGCACAUUUCGCUCGCGAGUCGUCAAGUUGAUCGAGCAAACGUCACCGAAUACCGCGAAUCGAUAUUUUCGUUUUCGUCACAUAAUUGUUCGGUGAGAUUCACGAGAGAAAACGUACAAACGGCUUUUCCUAGCUCGACAAUUCCUGUUCGAGCACAUGAGGGAGAGAGUAACAGUUACUGCAAAAGUGACAGUACAGAAAUAACAAGAUCAUAAUUGAUUAUAAAGCAGAAAGAUGAAAAAUGUGUUGUGUUCAUUUCAGCCAGGCGCUAAAUGCAGCAGCCGUAAUUUCUAAUUAAUUGCAAGUUCAAAUCAAAGUGAUUUGACAUUUGCCACACACCAAUGAUUGCUCGCGACAAAGCGCGAAGAUUAAUGAACCUCAAUUGAGGGUCAUUUGAUCUCGUUAAAGAUUUUAUACAAAUGCGCCGUAGCGAAAUCCAAGAAUUAGUUAGAAGGAUUAGUACUACGAGUAUCCCGUCGUCAUUGACAGACGCAAAACGCUUUUUCAUAUCUCGCUGCUCAUCAUCAUUGCAUCGGUCAUUCUCAAUGAGAUCCCAAGAGAGGAAGAGAAACGGAAAUUUUGUAAUUUUUAAUAAAUUAGAAUUAUAUAUUUCGCCAUUUCCCCGGACGUCGGUGUGAAAAUCACGCCGCUGUCAUGCGCGUCUAUAAAUGACGAGUCAUGGUUCCUCAAGCUAGACUAUCAAGACCGAUCGUGCGACGUGAAGAAACUUCGUACUUCGCAAUCAUGUUGCUGGAGAAGCAACAACGAGCCAAGUAAAAAAGAUGCGUUGCAUCGCGCGUCGUUAUUCGGCACGGCGGACCGCUCGACUGUAAAUGGCACAAAACUCGUCCCCGAAAAGGCUUCCCCUCCCUCUCGCGACUUCUGUUUUAAUUUAUUUAUUCUUCGCCCGCUCGAUCAUCGUGCGUCGACCGUCGUACUCAUAGAGAUAUCACACGCGUUCGUUGAAUGUAGAUUUUCUUGUACAUUUUCUAUAUAAAUUAUUAAGAUCCUUUUCUAGCUGGUAUGUUAUUACGUAGAGAACAGAGAGGAGGAAGAGGAGGAGGAUAAAAAGAAGAGAGAUGAUAAAGGAAGAGAGAUGAUAAGAGAAGGAGGAGAGAGAGAGAGAGAAGGUGGAGAAAGAGAGAACGGUAGAGGCUAAGCACUGACACGUGUCGCGAUGUGAGUCGCGGGGCUUAUCGAUCAAUGGUGACACUCUCCCGGAUCGUUUGCGUCACGAGUUCUACAGACGUGUCAGUUCAGCACCGUAAUUUGCCUUCAGCAUCGGUCUUCGAAAUCAAGUAUCACGCUUGGGCAAGCCGGACGGUUAUCAGGGCGAAUAACUUCGGCAUGAUUGACGAUAUUUCAACUCCUAUAAUCGCCGGCGCGCGACUCGCAAGAUCCAGCAUCUCUUAUUCAUAUCGCGCUGUACCUGAUACCAAUCUAACCAUCAUGAUCAUAUUAAUUUUAAUUGAUAUUAAUUUAUCGAUUAAGAUGUUGUAUCAGCCGUCGUUCACUCCCUCUUAAGGAAUUCUUUGAUAUCGAUUUCAUGUCGAAUUUUUUUCGGUUCAGCUCUUCGCCUUCGCGUCACGUCCGAGCGAGCAAAAAUCACGGCGCUCAACUGACAUGUCGCUGACGCGUGCAAAUCGAUCUUCACUCGUCGCAUGUUUAAUCGACGACUUGAUCGAACACUUAUAGACGAUCGAAGCCCGCGAUCGAAGAGCCCGCACUAGCCGUUACGUUCCGCCUGAUCCUUCGCGGACUCCCGAUAUCACAUAAACGCGCGAGAAGACCCGCGACUAUUCUUCCAGAGUUCAAGUUUUUCUCGCGACGAGCACGAUGAAAGGUCUCGCGACAAAACGCGACGAUCGAACGGCACAGGCGUAUUAUUAUUUAGAGAUAACAAAAUAAUCACAUUAGACAUCAUUCGUCUAUAACCACGUGCUUCGUGGGGUCGGUUGAGAAAAAUCUCCAAGACUCAUUUGAAAGAAAUAAUGGGCGCUACGGCGACACUCUCACAGCCUGUUUACGCCACGCGAUUUCGCGGCAAAUAUAUUGUUACGACGUCGAUCAUUUAUCAGGUCCUUCGUUAUCGACGUUACGGCACUAAGUUACGUUAAUAACCGGGCGCAAACUGUUAUUAAGGUUGGUUCAAUUACUUGAAAUGUUGAUAGUGGCUA